UAAUCAUAAGAUUUUGACGACGUUUUGACACAACUUUGACAAUUAAUGAAAGACCACUGAAUUCAUUGAUAUAUUCUUUCUCGUCAAAUGGCGCACAGAGUAGAAUACUUAAUUAAAAAAAAGGCAAAGUGCUGCCAUCUACGGCAAUAUGAACAUGUGUCGUGUACAACAUUGAUAUCAAACUUUUCGUGCAGAAUUGGCAUUCAAUGAAUAUUUAUCACACGCGUGACGAAACACGCGAGUGAUGAAUUAACGGGCAGAUUAUUCGAGCAACCAAUGCCUGAAAUUCGAUUCGGCGAUGACGCCGCCGGUGAGCAAGGAACAAUACCGACUCGAGCAAGAAGCGUUCGUUUCCAAUCACGGAGGCACGACACCGGAAGAGGUGAUUUUCACGCUUCUGCCAUCCGUAUGCGGCGUCUUAUUAGCAACAACGACUCUGGGAAUCCUUAAGAAGUACACCCACGAAAAUGUGAGAGUCGUCAUAGAGUUCAUGCUAACCGUCAUCCCGAUUAUCUUGUGCUGUACGAUAUUAUCGGGACACAUCGGUAGCGUAUGCGUGAUAAUGAUAUCGAUGUCUCUGCUAAACAUAAUGCUGCUGCUAAACAAGCGGAUUAAUCUCCCGAAUUCAACCCGUGUGCGGCCGGUUACCGGCAAAAGGCCCUUCGUAACUCAUUUUCGCGCGUUGACUAACAUUAUUACUGCGAUUUGCAUAUUAGCCGUCGAUUUUCGUAUCUUUCCACGCAAGUUCGCCAAAACAGAAGCGUUUGGAUACAGUCUAAUGGAUACGGGUGUCGGGCUGUUCAUAUUGGCAAAUGCGUUGGUCGCGCCAGAGGCUCGAGACUUUUCUACCUUCCGUCGAGGAGGAUUUCAGGAAACUUUGACGAAAAAUAUGAAAAAUUGCUUCCGAAGUUGCGUGCCCCUCUUGGUGUUGGGCUUCGGACGUAUCGCAGUAGUCGAGUACGUAGGAUAUCAGAAGCACGUUACCGAGUACGGCGUUCAUUGGAACUUUUUUAUAACUUUAGCUAUCGUCAAGUUGUUCAGUAGCAUGAUUAUCAGCAGUAUUAACUCCAAGUAUUCGUUACUCUCAGGUAUAUGGAUAUUGUGGAUGCACGAAUACACUAUGAGCUUUAAAGAUUUAAAGACGUGGGUUUUGGCGUGGGACGGGCCGAGAGACGACUUUAUAUCUGCCAAUCGAGAGGGCCUAAUUUCCGUACCCGGUUACGUAGGACUGUAUUUUGUUGGCGUAGCUAUUGGAAGAUUGAUACAUUCGACAUAUCAAAGUUCGCACACGAGAUCGAAUAUGAAUUUUUCUCUGAAACUGUAUGGUUAUGAAUUUGGAAUGGGCUACACUCAUUGUAAUGAGUCUAUGUUGCUGUGUAUUAAAUUGUCUUUGAUCUCCGCACAAACUUGCAUCACGACAUUAUUCUGCGAUUUUAAGAUUUCAAGAAGAUUAGCCAAUGCCGGGUACUGCAUGUGGAUAGUAAUUCUAGCAACUAUACUACUUAGUUUGUUGCUGCUCAUAGAGCUUGUGCUAGAUGUAAUUGAUUGCGCGAUAAACGAGUCUAGCAUUGAAAGCAAAACAGAGAAAUUGCGUAAAAAUUUGCGUUUGAAUUUAAAGAAACAUGGGGAGAGUGAGAGAGAGGAAAAUGAUGAAUGUGUGAUCAGGAGAUCUUUAGAGAUUUUUGAUGGUGUAAAUUACAACGGCCUGUUCUUUUUUCUUGUUAGUAACGUUAUGACCGGUCUUGUCAAUAUGUCAAUGCAUACGUUAUAUACCAAACAAUUGGUAGCUCUAUUAAUAUUAAUUAUAUAUAUGGCUGUGAGUAUACUUUCAACAUUGAUACUUUAUAGGCUCAAGAUACCGAUCAAACUGUGAAGUAUAUGCAAAAAUGGUAAUGAGUCGAUUUUAAUGAAUUUACAAUGUUUGAUCGAGAUUUUGACGAUCUUGUUGAUAACAAUAUUCUUCCAUAAGUCUUUGUUGAAGACAUUAUAUGUGAUUAUAUUAAAACGUGUACAGUGAAUUUUGUUAAUAUAUUUUUUGUUUUUCCUUAUAGAGAAAGAUUACGUUAUAGUUAUUAUGUGGCCAAAUAUA